AUGGCGGAAGAUAACGUGAGCAAAGAGGCAGAGGUGGAGAGACACUUAGCUGAGAUGGCGGAGGCAGCCGAGCAGGACGGAAGGCUGGACGUGGCAGACGGCCCACAGGCGGACGGGAGUUGCGCGCGCGGUUCUGGCUUGCGCAGUUCGCCGCCGCACGAUAUAGAAGCGGCGGACACUGUAGACGCGCGCGCUACUGACGCGCGCUGUUUAGAAGCACACGACGCUGAAGCGAGCGAUGUUGAGAUGAACGCGAGGGAUGGAGCGGACGUGGUAGCAGGGGACGAGCAGCGCGACGAGCAGCGAGACGAGCAGCGAUCGUGCGACGAGAAUGACACCGACGGAACGAUCGGUUAUCGCACGCGCGCGCGAGUGUCGCUGGCGCAGACCCCGAUAGAAGAGCUCGAGGUGAUGCUGGCGCGCGUGGCGCGAGACGCGGAGGAGGAGGAGGAUGAGGAGGAGGAGUUUCUGUUCCACGCGGAGGAGGAGGAGGAGGAGUACGAGCGAUUCCUCUCCGCCGUGCUGUUCCCCGACUCCCCUUGCGCUAGUGACCACGAGGGGGAGGAGGGGGAGGGUGACGGGGAGGGGGAAGGGGAGGAGGGGGAGGGUGACGGGGAGGGGGAAGGGGAGGAGGGGGAGGGGGGGGAUGGGGAGAGGGAAGGGGAGGAGGGGGAAAAGAGGGGGGUGGAGGGAAGCAGGGAGAGUGGAGAGGAGGGGGAAGGGGAUGAGGUGAGGACGGGAGGAGAAGCAGGGGAUAGCAUGGGAAGGGGGGAGGAGACAGAGGAAGGUGUCGAUGGAGGGGAUGAGGGGAAGUGGGAGAAGGAAGGAGGAGGGGAGGAAGAGGGAGAGGAAGCGAGGGAAGGGGAGGGGGAUGACGAAGGGCGGGACAAAGGGGAGGCGGAGGAUGAGGAGGACGAGGAGGAUAUGGACUUCAACAUCGACGAUCUGCUGCUGCUGGAGGGCGAUGAUCUGCUGAUGGACGGUGAGGAUGAGCUGCUGGAUCUGCAGGACUUCGUGGUGGAUGAGGAUGAUCUGGACGGGGGGCUUCUAGCGGGGCUGGAGGAUGAGCUUAUAGCGGAGAUGCAGGCCCAGGCGGAGGCAGAGGCUGCUGCGGAGGCAGUGAAAGAAGGGGGUGUGGCGAUGGGGGGUGGAGGGGGGCCGGGGGAAGAGACGGCAGUGUGCACAGGCGACAGUGCAGGAGCAGGAGGUGGCAGUGAGGGUGCGCCUCCUGCCGCUGCUCAUCCAGGUGUGGCAGCGGAUGGUGGGUUGUCCCUAUCAUCCCCAUCAGGCAGCCCAGGCAUGGCGAGUGGCAGGGCGGGCAGCGCAGGGCAGAGCAGGCGCAGAGGCUCCGCGGCAGCAGCAGGGCCCAGGGCGCGCGCCCAGCUGGCGGCGCUGCUGGCGUGUCACGUCCAGCUGGCAGUGCAGGUGUACGCGGCGUGUGUGCUGGACCCCUCUCGCUGCCAGGUGGCGACGGUGCUCCGGGGCUUGCUGGCACAGCUGGCGCAGUGGGGGGGAGGUUCUUCUGGGGGAGGUGCUACUGGGCGAGGUGGUACUGGGGGAGGCUGUACUGGGGGAGGUGCUACUGCUGGAAUAAGUGGCAUUGGUGCCAGUCCAGACGUACUUGCAUCUGACAGACGAGGGAGUGAUUUUGAGAGGUGCAGGGCAUGUGGUAGUGGGGGGCAUGGUGAAAGAAUCGGUGGUGGGGAUGGGGGAGAGGAGAUGCACGGGGAAGGAGUUGUUGAGGAGCUGUUAAGGAGAGGGGGGAGUGGGGAUGCCGUGGGAAAUGGUAGAGGUGCAGGAGCAGAGCCGACGGCAAAAGGGAGUGGAGAAAGGGGGAGUGGUGGGAAAGAGUUGCAAGAGGUGGGGGAGGUGGGGGAGGUGAGGGAAGAGAGAGAGGCUGAUGAUCGAAUGGAGGCACAGGGCACGUCAAACGAGAGGGGGGAGGGGGGAGAUGGGGAGAGGACAAAAAGGGCAGAACCAGAGGGUGGCAAAAGGGAGGUGCGGCGGCAGCGAGAUGCAGUGGGUGGUGAUAGUGAUGGUGCUGUGCAGCGGCAGCGAGAUGACGAGGGUAUGGCACUGCCUUCCGCCCUCCAACCCCUCGUUCCCUCCCGCAUUGCCUCUCCCCACAAGGCCCCUCGGAUACAACCCACCCAAGCCCUUGCUUCUGGACCCCGAGGGGCGAAGGAGAGCAAGCAAAAGGGGGAAGAAGAGGAAAGGGUAGAGGAGGAAGGUAAUGAGGAGGAAGACAGAGGGGGGGAGGUAGAGGCAGCGGCAGUAAGGGGAGGGGAGGAGCAGAGGGAGAAGGGGCAGAGGGCAGGGGUGGGCGAAGUAGUGCGGGUUCCUGGCGAGGUGGCGGCAGCCCUGCAGCCGCUGGCUGCCGUGUUUGACGCCUCGCUCUUCCCUGUGGUGCGCCCGCCCCUGCUGCACCGCACCAUCUUCUCCCCCGCUGAGGACUGUCUGCUGGCCAUGGGCGUGGAGCAGUUGAGCACGGACUGGGAGGCCAUCCACAGGCGCUUCCUGCCGGGCAAGACUCCGCACCAGAUCUCCAUCCGCUGGAAGAAUCGGUGCUCCUCACGCGUGCCCGAUAACCCCAUCAAGCAAGUGUGGCGGCGCAAGACUGCUCCCUUGACUGACCACGAGGUCAACCAAAUACAAACG